UUUUGUGAAACGAACAGAAAAAAAUAAGAAAAACACGAACAAUUUCUAUUUCUGCCGCAAAUGCUAAUACAAUUAUAAGUCGUUGCAGUUCUCCCUUUCUCUACGAGAAGUCGUAUUGAUGCACAAAACAGAAAAGCGAACAUACUUCGUUGAAGCCUAAACAUCUCGUUCACUUACGGCUUGGAGAACGAAAGGCUGCCCACAGACAGAAGGUAACGGUGAAGAUCCAGAAGAAGCCGACGGAGACGUCAGACUAGCGAACUUGGAAGUGCUUCAAAAGGAUAGUGAGUGUGUAGCACGACAGAAGUGUGGUGUAGUACGAGUCACGAGGAGGCGUGCAGAAGUCGAGAAGCAGUUCUGGACAUUUUUCGGCCGCUCACAUCGACAGGAUGAGGGUGGCGUGCAGGCCAAAGGAAACUGCUUUGCUCUUGCUGGCGUUAGCGGUGAGCGCUGCAGAAAGUGACGGGGGACUACUUGAAGGCGUUGAAGUCGUGACGUCGACAUCGGUGUCUGUCAGAGUGUCCACGUCGGAAGAUCACGUACCGAGAGAAUCGGUUAUUAAUCAUGUCGUUGAAAAGGAAAAAACUCAGUCAAAUGCCAGAGGAACAGUGACAAAAAUGUCCGCCCCAAAAGGUGUGAUGAAGGAAGAUCAGCAAGGUACUUCUCGGGUGGCUACACAAGGUCAGAGCGUCACAAUCAGUGCUCUUGGCCCUAGCACAGAAUCGCCAAAGUUCCGUGUUCGUCAUAAAUCUGGAAGUACAUUACCGACCGCCGCGCCAACCCUAGCCGAGGCUACAACUAUCGCCUAUACAACCACAGCCUCCCCGAGUGCCGAAGCACCAAAGGAAGCCCCCCGGCGGAAACGGAAGAGGCCAGCGGGAUAUCGUCGCCCUAUGCCGGAGGGCCAAGCUCCACAGCAACAAACGGUGCCUCAUUCAGGCCCAAUUCUGCCCAGACGCAGCCAUAGACCUGAACAAGAGCGCAAGCACUCACAGGUGAGACCUCAUCAGCAGUUCGCGCAGAACUAUCAACCGCAGCAAGAGAAGCAUCAACCACCCCAACAGGAACAACAACAACAACAACACGUUGAAUUAAACCAUCAACCACAGCUUGACUUACCCCAGCAAGCAUCCCCUAGUCCAGCCCAGUUACCCUCGCAAUAUCAAACUCCGCCGCCACGUCAUGAAGCCAUCAAACCUUUCUCUGUCCCAGCGCCCGUACCGGCACUUGCUUCUCAACAGGAUACGCAACAGCAAUCGGAAGCCCAUCCUAUAAUGCCCGCACUUCAGUACCCUCUCCCAUCCCCACCUUCACUAAAACCUGUGGCGCCAGUUCUGCCUCCUAACAUACAACAUCCCACUGAUCAGCCCCAAUCUGAAGCUGUCCCGACCCACCAGCCGCAAGUACGACCUCGGCCCGUGCAAUUCCAGCCGCAGCUGCAUAACGCUCUACCGAUUCCCCGCCCCGUGGUAACUCCCGCUCAAAAUCCUCCAAAAGUAGUACCAGUAGCUACAGCUGAGCCCCCCUCUCCUCCCACUCAUUCGUUAGUUCACUCUAACCAGCCCCAAGUACAUCUUCCUAUUCUCUCACUGCCGGCAGUUCCAUCAUCUCAUCAGGAGCCUGUACCUUUACCGCCGGUACCAAUCAAGAAAAUUAAGCCCCACAAAGCUAAGAAACAGCAUCGUGCACCUGACAACUCCGUGAAGCACGCGCCAAUUACUCGACCUAUCGUUCAACAUCCGGUUGAUCCGCUUCUAUUACCGCCUACGCUGCCCCCACCUACAAUUCCUAAGCACACGGCAACGACUGCGAAGUCAUCCUUCCUCUCGUACUUUUCCUUCGGUAAGAAGGACGAAAUAAAACCGCCUGAACCGGUUCCUGUGCCUCUACCGCUAACUGCACCGACUCCCGGCGUUCAGCAACAGCAUCAACAAAACCAAUACCAGCAUUAUCAUCGACAACAUGCUGCCAUCGACCCUUAUCAGUCGGGGGCUGCAGAACUACCUUUUAAGGAGAUGCCAGUAAAACCACAGAAGUUCCCCAAGACAACAAAGAGCCAGAAGCAAUCGAAGCUUUCAAAAAAGCAUCAUUCUCAGCAAUUCGAAACCCCUCGAUCCACACCUGCUCAAGGUAAUGAUGAGUAUCCCAUUCCACCAGCCGUGCCUAUUCCGCCACCGAAGUACGAUGAGCCCCACCGGCAUGUAGAAGCUGCGCAGCCCACUUUGCAGACAACCGUGACCUCUCCACAGACCUCCUACACGCCCCCUCCUGCCCUGCAAACAACCCGAGACAUCCCCCAAACGACAUUCCAACAGACAACGCAUUACCAACCGGUGGAAACCCAACGGCCGUAUCAUCAUGCACCGAGCUACACCCCGUCACCAAUGAACCACCUUCCGUCGUUCCUUUUCGGUUACCAACACGGCCAGCAACCGCCCCAGCAGCUCCAACAGGUUCAAUAUCACCACUUGUCACCCCCACAGCACUAUCAACAACAACAGCAGCACCAUCAUAGCGUAAAUGUGCAGCAUUCCCAUCAGCAGGCUAAAGUUCCUGAGCAGUUCCCGCAGCAGCCAACACAUCCUCACGCUAACCACCAUGCACAGCCGCAGCAACAAAUUGGCCAGCAGCUUAUUCAAACGUUUUCCCAGCAGGUCAGCCAGCAGCGGCAACAGCAACAGCAGCAGCAGAGCCACCAACAACCCCAGGCACUUCUUGUGCAGAUGCCACAGAAUGUCAAUCCCAGUGAGCAAAUUGAGUUGCCUGCGGAGAUGCUGAAGGCCCUGGGCGUGAAGAGCGUCGCGCCAGGUGUACAGAAACCUACUGAUAGCCUUGGACAGAGUCCCGCGCCUGUAGUCGGACACCUCUCGAAUGGUAAGGGUGUGGUAGUAUUAGACGAAGCGUCGAAUCGGCCUUACGUUCGACCAAACACCGCUGCUUACCACGCUUCACCAGAAGUCUACGGGAGUCCAGUGGCGGUUGAUGUGUCCAAAACUCCAUUCACCAAGGGCAUCCCACACGGGUUUCCGGCUCCCUCGAAAAUUCAAGUUGAUGAGAAAACUCAGGUUUCUCUCUCCGGUGUAGUUUUGUCACAUGACGGUGGGCUUAAGACAACGUACAGCGAGCUGCCGCCUACGCAGGUAAAUCUUAACGAACCGUUAAAUGUCCACAUCCCGAUUAGUCAGCUUCCUCCACGACCUGCAGUAAACGUCCGUAUCAAAGGGCCUGACGGCAAAGUAUCUGAAGUACUCGUGCCACUCCAUGAAAGCAACGUCAAAAAUGGAGGAUUUCAAUUGCCUCCAAUCGGCGGUCUGAUUGAUCAGGCGGCACACGAGUCCAAUGGUUCACCGAAAAAGUACAUUCCUACUGACUAUUACACUUCUGGGAAACCGGGCCGUUCACACCACCGACUACCCGUUCCCUAUACGCAAGCAUUUGUGCCGUCCAAUCAUCAAAGCUCUCUGUUCGCGUCGCCAUCGAACCCGUUCCUGCAUUAUGCUAACCCUACGGGGCAAACCAUUAUAACAAGUCCACAGGACCCCCUACAGGCAGCCUCUUCCUCUGCUCAGAGUUCAUGGAUCGGUGGUUGGGGACACAGCAUUCGCAGUGUCGGCAGCCGAGUUGGAUCGAUCUUCUCAAGGAAGGCGUUGUCCAGCUAAAGCAGCGCAUCCCAUCCUAUAUUUACCCAGACGCUUAAACACUGGUUUACCUACAGCAGGCGAAUACAAGUACAGCCACUGAUGAAAACCGAUUUUAAUUGAAAUAUGGACAUAAAUCAUCGGAAACCGAAGAACAACAUGUGUUUUUGAAUAUGUGUGUACACGACGGGGAAGCAGCUAGGCAUAGCCCGUAUUAUUAUUACAUAUGAAAAUUAUUACGUACGUUUUUACGUAUGAAAAAUACGGAAUGAAAAGAGGAAACUUAUACGAAAUUAAUCAGGUAAUAAUAAAACACGGUGCCAGUAUGAGCUUGAUGGUGCCAACAAUAGUGACACGCAAUAUUAACACAUAUGGGUUAUGAAAAUGAGUGUAAUACUGUGAACAGAAGGAAACUGAAUCAGCAAUUACGUACGCAACACGUAAGCGAAUUCGUUGUGAAUACGGGAAAGCUUUUAAGCGCUUAAAGAUCAACCGAACAGCAAAAUCUACAGGGGGCGGGAGAGAAGAUAGAAGUGAAGUUUGUCGUACGAAUGAAUGAGUCAACGUGAUGGUAGUUGAUAUUGUUCUUUUUCUAAACUAUCUUUUAUAAUUUAUGUCAGCUCUUCAUUUUUGGGGUCGUGCGUUCUAAAAUAGGACCAUGGCCCUAGCAACGGUGUCCGACAUUUUUCAUCUCCUCAUCGAGACAGGCGUUGCGGAAGACUUCUCUGUAUAUAUAACACCUCAGCGUUUGUUGGUUCGUCAACUGCCAAGAAAGACAAUUUUUCGAAAAUAAAAAUUAAAUAGUUCUCAAGUUCCAUUAAAUAAAUACAAGCCACAUUCGCGUCAUCAUGUGUAACUGCGAGUGACUGUAGAGUAGCGGAUGGUUGGGAUUCUUAGGAAAACAAGAAUUAGGCCGAGAGCGAGAGAGAGCGAGAGAGAGAGAGAGAGUGAAAGAGAGACAGAAAGAAAACAAAGCGGGAGAUAACAAUAUAU